ACUCUCAAUGCAGUAACAAUCACAACGAUACCUUAGUCUACGGUCGAACCGGUCGGCGAACGCACGCGCCAAGCUAUCACGAUCACCUCAAAAACCAGUGCGAAGGGUGGACGCGUGCGCGAACGCACCAAGAUUCCGGUCCCGCUUCUUCACCUUGUGUAUAUUAUACGCGUGUACGUCCGAAAUCUGCAACGCAACUGUCACGCGACCGUGUAUUUUGAUUUCAACUUCACCGGUUCGGUCAUCGAUUAUAGCUGAUAAACAAGAAAAAAAAACCUCUUUCGCGACAUUCGGCCAUUGUACCGCAUUUCGCAAUCAAGUUCUGGAACGGGGUGUCACAUUUGUUGUCAGCAGUGAGGCGAAGAUAGUUGUGUUUGUUUGUGCAAAAGAAAAAGAUAGCAUUACGCAUUGUUUUAUCAGCUGCCACGAGUGUUGUUAUAUCAGUGUCCAUUCGAAGAUAUGAAUGACACAAGCCACAAGGAAGCGUACGUGCGGGAUGUACUGAUACCGGGCAUGGUGGCACGGGGUGAACUUUCAUUCACCGAGCAUCAGCCGGAGGGUGUUAAACCGCAGCUGAAAUCGGUCGAAGUUAAGCCACUCGUCACCAAUGGAUUCAUGCUGACGAUACCGUUCGUGGUAACCGUUGUGCUGGAGCAGAACCCUUCGCUGGGCGCAGAUAUCAAGUCGGAGACGCUUCAUCUGAUAGUGAAGAUAACGCCCGAUUGCAACAAGGAGAUGUACGAGAGCUGCCAGUUUGAGACGCUUUUUGAGAACGAAAUGGUCGCUUACACGGAAAUCAUACCCGUCCUCGGUAAAGCAGAGUUGUAUCCAAGGUACUAUUACUGCGAGCGGAAACCAACGGAAGCAUUAAUGGUAAUGAGCGAUUUUUCCUUUUCCGGCUGGCGAACGGCACCGAUGGUCGUAAACAUGCCGAUGGAUUACAUUAUGCUCGCAGUAAAGGAACUGGGACGCUUUCAUGGAGAAUGCUACGGUCUGAAGGAGGCACGUCGGUCGCACUUUAACGGUAUGAUUGCGAAAUUUAAGGAAUCUCGCUUUGCCGCCGAGGUAACGGACCAUACGUGGAAGGCGGUCAUGACCAUUGCACCGAAGCGUGCGAUCAAAUCCCUUCAGGAGAGCCGCUUCAAGGACCUAGUACCGAAAGCAUACCUGGAAAAGGUAGCCCAUCUGUUCGAGGAUCCCUGGGAGCACGCGAAACGGAAGGUACAGCCGAAGGAACCGCUGGCCGUCAUUUGCCAUGGUGAUUACCUGCGCAACAACAUGGCGUUCCGGUAUGAAGAUGCGAAGGAUCCUUCAAGGCCUACGCAAGUGAUGAUGUUUGACUUUCAAACCCUACGCUACGCAUCACCGAUGAUCGAUUAUACAGCCUUCCUUGCCAACUCAACCGGCUACAGUGAACGGGAGCACCAUUUUGAAACCAUUUUCCAAACCUAUCACCGUGAGCUGGUACGCACGGUGGCCAGAAUUGUUGGCGUUUGCGAUCCGAGCGAACUUCCACCGUACUUUAGCUACGAAUCAUUUCAUCGCGAACUGGCCGAAUACUACACCUACGGUUUUAACAUUGCAUCCUCGUUCCUGAUGAUACUGCACGAACCGAUGGAGAUAUCGUUCACCGAGAACAUCUUCACCGAGGAAGAAUCCGUGGCGGAUGCGUGGAGCCGGGGCGGGGAACCACUUAACCGUGAGCUAGCGGCGAUGGUAUACGAAAUGUAUCAGCUUCAUCAAAAAUACGGACUGGAUCCGGCGUGAUCUCUUUGCCAGCCGGACCGCACGUAGGCUGAACGGAUCGAACGUUAACUGAACCAUUGCUGAACCGGGGUAGCGUUUGGAUUUUAAAUGGGUUAACAUUUUAAUUCACAUCAGUGCUGUGAUUGAGCAGUGGUAAAUAGAAUGCUUUUGAAUAAAAAGCAUUCUUCAAUGUAAUAUUAGGAA